GGAGAGAAGUGUGUUGUUAGGUGACUUUGUCACGAGCAUCAGUGUGUGCUUUGGCAUACUCUGGCUACAGUGACACUAGGCAACCACAUAUGGGGCCUAGGGUUGACUGAAACUUGUCACAUGGUACAUGCCUGCUGUGGUUAAAAUGACAGCAGUUCUCAGUGGUAUGACAAUUUAAGCUGCUAUAGGUUAGCAGGAAAGAAGAGACAUGAGCUCAGCUUUAAAGCACGUUUAUUGCUAAAGCUGAGUGAACUCUCUGGCUAAGUCUCAUACAGGCAAAGAGGCUUUUUCUAAAAUAACACUUUUUGGCAAGCUUUUGAGGAGAUGGGUCAGAGAAACACCAGGCUUGUGCCUUGCGAUGUGUCUUCUGUGACCUAAGUAAAAUAAAAUCUCCAUUUCUUUUAAGAUGGUGGGUGGGCUCAUUCGAGCUGGUGGUGUUCCCUGGCUAGGCUCUGUAUCAGUAGUGAUUUUGGACAGGCUUCUCAAAAGUUAAGUCUCUGGAACUGAUGUCUCUGGAAUUGACAGUAAAGGCAGCUCAGAGUGGGUGCAGCUGUGUGCCAGCAUUUGUGUCCAACUUCAGGAAAUAGUUCAGUCCUGUAGAUGCAGGGAACAUAUAUCCAUCUGGGAAGUGUCAGGAAGCAUGCGUCUGUGAAGCUAAACUUACAUUAAAUCAUCUGAUUGGAGUGGGAGAGAUACCAGCGUGUGGGGGCCAGGGGUCAGUGAAGGAAAGAGAUGACUGUCUUCUGUCGUUAGGUCUUUGGGUGUGGAUUCCAAUGCAUGGCAUUCCUUGAGUAUACCAUCUUUAUAUCCAGGUCUAACUGUCUAAUUUUUCUGACUAAGGUUCUAGAAUGACUAAGAUUUUUCUGACUAAGGUUCUAGAAUGAUACUGAGUAAGAGUCAUGACAGUGGGCAUUCUUAUGUUGUUCCUAAUGUUAGAGUGAAAGCUUUCAGGUUUUGACCAUUUAGUAUGAUGUUGGCUGUUGGUUUGUCAUAGAUGGUUUUUAUCAGAUUGUGAUAAAGACUGUCUAUUUGAAUUUUCUAUAGAGCUUUUUGCCAUGAAUCGGUGUUGGGUUUUGUCAAAUGUCUUUUCUCGGAGCUGGAGAUUUAGUUCAGUGGCAUAAGUACCUGCCUUGCAAGCAGGCAGUCGUGAGUUCGAUCCCCGGUACCAAUAAAAAUGAAAAAGACCAAAAAAAAAAGGUUAAAAAAAAUGUCUUUUCUGCAUCUGUUGAGAUGAUCGUGUGGUUCUGUUGUUGACUCUGUUAAUAUGGUAUAUUGCACUUACUGAUUUGCCUAUGUUGAACCAACUCUGCAUUCCUUGCAUGAAUCCUACUUGAUCGUGGGGUGCAAUCUUCUGGAUGAGGUUUGCUGCAUUCUGUUUACCAGUAUCUCAUUGAAAACUUCUAUGUCUAGGUUCUUUAAGGAGACUGGCCUAUAGUUCUCUUUCUUAGUUGGAUUCUUCUCUGGUUUUGGUGUGAGUGUAAUUCUUGCUUGCAGGAAUGAAUUUGGGAGCAGGGACAGGGAAUUCCCUGUCAGUUCCAUUAAAAAGUUUGAGGAGCAGUGGUGUUAGGUCUUUCCUACAUUUCUUGUAGAAUUCAGCAGUAAAUCCAUCAGAGCCUGGGCUUUUCUUUGUAGGUGUUUAAUUACAUCUUAAAUUUCACUGAUCAUACUUAGCAUCUUCUUGAUUCAGCUUAGGUAAUUCAUAUGUAUCUAGAAAUCUGUUUUUUUUUGUUUUGCAUUUUUCCAUCUCAUUAGAACACAGGUUCUCACAGUGUAGGUAUUGAUGAUCUGCAUUUCUGCAGAAUCUGUUGUGAUUUCAUCCUUUUCAUUCCUAAUUGCAUGGAUUUGAGUCUUUCAUUUUUUUUUGGAUAAAGUUGACUAAGGGUUUGUUGAUUUGAUUUAAUCUUUCAAGGAACCAACUCUUUGACUCAUUCUUUGUAUUAUUUUCUUAGUCUCCAUUGCAUUGAUUUCUUUGAUCUUUAUGAUUUCUUCCUUUAUACAAGCUUUGGGCUUGACUUGCCCUUCUUUUUCUAGGAGCUUGUGGUUCAGCAUUUUUUUAUUUGAGCUCUUUUCCUAAUACGGGUAUUCACUGCUAUAAAUUUCCCUCAUGGGACUGGUUGCAUUGUGUCCCAUAAAUUCUGUGUAUGUUGUAUUGCCUUUAUUGUUUAAUUGUAGAAACUGUCUGACUUUAAUUUUAUUUCAUCUGUGACUCAUUGGUUGUUCAGGAGUGGGUUAUUUAAUUUCUAUAUGUUUAUGUAGUUGUUUUUUUUUUUUUUUUGGUCUUUUUCAUUUUUAUUGGUACCAGGGAUCAAACUCACGAUUGCCUGCUUGCAAGGCAGGUGCUUAUGCCGCUGAGCUAAAUUCCCAGCCCCAUGUAUUUAUGUAGUUUUUAUGCUUUAUUUUGCCAUUGAUUUCCAAUUUCAUUGCACUAUAGUCUGAUAAUAUGCAUUUGUAUUUACUUAAGCUUUGUAUUUACUUAAGCAUGUUUUGUGAGCUAGUUUGUGAUCUGUUUUGGAGAAUGUCCUUUGUGCAGCUUAGAGGAAUAUAUAUUCAGAUGUUGUGAAAUGGAAUACUCUGUAGACAUCUACUAAGCAUGUUUGAUUUAGUUCUAAUAUUCCAUUGUUAAUUAUUGUCUAGUUGAUCUAUUUGUAACGGUGGGUAUUGGUUUUUUUUUUUUUUUACCAUGACUGUGUCUUCCAAAACGGUGGGUAUUGUAAUCCUCCAGUAUAAUUAUAUUAAUGCUGUAUUUGAUUUUUCAUAUCUGAUAAUAUUUUAGGAACACUGGUAUUUGUUGCAUAUAUAUUUAUGAUUGUUAUCUAUUCCUUUUAGAUUGUUUCCUUUAUAAGGAUGUAGUGACCUUUUUGUCUCUCUUAAUCAGUCUUGGCUUGAAAUCUAUUUUGUCUGAAAACAGAAUAGCUACCCCAGCUUUUUUCUGGGUUCCUGCUGCAUGAAUAUUGUUUUCUACCCUUUGGCUUUCAGUCUGAAUUUCUUUUUGAAUUACAUGUGUUUCUUAUAUGCAGCAUAUUGUUGCGUCUUGCUUCCUGAUACAUUCUGACAGUCUGAUUAUUGAAUUGAAACCAUUAAUAUUGAUGGUUAUAACAUAUGUAUUCUCUUUGUCUUUUUGAGACAGGGUCUUGCUAUGCAGUUGAGGCUGACCUUGAGCUCACUUUGUAGUAGCUCAGGUUGGUCUCGAACUCAUAACGAUCCUCUUGUCUCAGCCUCCUAUGAUAUGUAUUCUCUUUUCCAGUUGUUAUUCUUCUGUUGUUGGCUCCUUUCCCUUGCCUGCGUCCACUCCUAAUUGUUUGCCUUGACUGGUGGAUUCAUUUUGUUGGUGUUCAUGGAGUUGUAGUCCAUGGUAUCUCUUUUUAAAAUGUCUUCAGAAUAUUUUGCAGUGUUGGUUUGGUGUUGAUGAAUUUCUUCAGGUGUUUUUGUUAUAGAAGUAUUUUAUUUCUCCAUCAACUUUGAAAGAUAGUUUUGUGGGCUACAUAAAUCUGGGCUGGAGAUAGUUUUCUUUUAGGGUUUGAGAUACUCAACUCCAGCUCUCCUUAGCCUGAGGGUUUGUGUGAAAAGGCAGCUGUGAUUCUGAUGGGCUUGCCUUAUAAUUUGUUUCUUUUUUCUAACAGUUUUCAAUAUUCUGUUCUUGUGUUGAAUUUCUGGAAUCUUGAUUUUUAUAUGCCUUGCUAUAGAUUUGAUCAUGGCUAUUUGGAAUUCUGUAUGCCUCAUUUAUUUUCAUGUAAGAUCUUCUUCCCUGCCAGGGAAAUUUUCUUCCAUCACAUCUAUGAACAGGUUGAACAGGUUUUUAAAAUAUCAUUUGUGCCAUCUCUUGCUUUUUCACUGAUUUCAACAAAUCAUAUGUUAUUCUACCAGCUGCUGAGCUGAUUUCUCACGGUCACUUUUUUUUUUCCCCAUGCUGGAAUCGAACUCACGACCUUGCACUUGCCAGGCAGGCACUCGGGCCACUGAGCUAUAUACCCAGCUCUCCCUCGCUAUGUUUUAGAAAAUUUUUUUCUCAUGAUCACUAACCACAAACCUGUCUUCUAUAUCUGAGGUUAUCUCCUCUUAGGUUUAUUCUGCUUCAGGUACUUUCGAUGGAAUUUUGAAUCUCCUGGAUAGCUGCUUGAAUCUGUUUUAUGAAUUCCAUUUCUUGCCUAUAUUGGGCAUUCAUGGUUUCCAUCAUUUUCCUAAGCAUGUCUGGUUUUGUUUUUUUAAUCUGUAUGUUCUCUAGAGUCACUAAUCAUGUCUUUCAUUAUGGUUACCAUUUAUGUGGUUAUCUGAGAAAACUAAUUUUUAAUUUUUUUCUAGACCUCCUUUGCCUAUGGCCUCUCACUUCAGAGAGGCCAGGUGGGCAGCUUUUGGAUUGUCCCACUUCAUUACCUUCUGAGUUUUCCUUUGCUGAACUGGAUGUCUUGCAUUUUGUUUAAGUUUCUUCUCAUUUUCUUUUUUAGUUUAUUUCCUGAGUUGAUGCUUAAAGAUUGCCUAUGAUGAGUGGCUUGUUAGUAUUUAGAACCAUUAGUUAGUGACUACUUCCCAGAAGUCUUCCCAGUAGUCUUGUGGGCAUAGCUGGCUGCUGGGGUUUGGGUCUGUUGGAAGAUCGUAUCUCUCUAAUUGAUAGGGUAUGAGAAGGUGCUGCCUACUUGGCCCAGCCCUUGGUUCUUAGGCACUGGCUCACAGUAUUUUUAUGACUCUUAGGCAAUCUCAGUCUUAGUAUACCAGGAUGAAUAGUAUACCAUGAUGAACAAUUAUGUCACUUUCCCUAAAUUGAUACAAUCAGCAAUAACAAGCAUCAAACACAGCCUAGAAAUUGACAAACUGAAGUAACCAUUAAUUUGCCAUCUUUAACCAUAAGAACUAGAUUUGUGGUUAUGUACCGAAAUCUAAAACACACCAGAAAACUGUAUGCAGCAAAUAAGCCCUCAAUAUGCCAGUUUUACCCUGAAGGGAGAAACUUUAAAAGGGAGGAAGGGGAAGAUUAGAGAAGUAAAAGGAGAGGAAGAGAUUAGAAGCAAGGCUGGAGGUCAAAGGAUCAUGAAGAUUUUGGGAAACUGAUGCAGAAGGCAGGAAGAAAAGAGAUAAUGUUGCAGAAAUCUGGUAUGAAACCAAAUGGAAGACACUUUGCACUGAGUUUACAAGGCAAUGAUUUACUAUUCUAGCAGACUGGUGGAAAACAGUUCCGAAUCACCAGCCCCAACUGAGAGUGAAACAGAGACUUACAUACAUUUUGUAAGCAGGACAUACAAAAGCUGAUAGCAGGUUAUCAUAUAACUGGUUACAUGAAUCAAGCCGUAUGUUGUCAGGCAGGUUAGUCAGAAGGGUUGUCUGUUGGAAGGAAGGAGAAAAUAGGGAGCAGUUGCUGAGGGGAUGGUUGAAACUAAGCAUAUCAUUGACUAACUUAUCUCAGAUAGUCCUUAAAAAUAAAGUAUGUUUAUAUGUCAGACAGUACAGGCAGUCCAGAUGGAUGUGGUCAGGCUGAGUCAGGUUGGACUAUCUUAAGUUUCAGCUGGCAUGGUGAGUCAAGGCUGAAUCUAAUGGUCUGUGUAGUGAGCUGGAUGAGCACAUCUUAAUAGCAUAGGACUAUUGAUUUUUAACUUUUCUAUUACAAUAAGUAAAGGAAGAACAGAACAGAACCACCACCACCACAAAAAAAAAAACCAGAAACCACUUUCACACUCACCAAAACAAGCUCAAUCCUCUCAAAAAACAAACGAAAACCAAACAAAAUUUAAAAAGAGAAGGAAAAAAGUCCAUUUGAAGUUGUCUUUGCUGCCACUGGUAGACAGUGUGUGGAGACAGAGUCCAGGUCUGUGUUGAUUUAUUCCAGGACACCAGCAGCUUUAAGGGUGGGGGAGUGGAGCAUCUCGGUGAGCUUACAUCUUUGUUUUCCCUGAAGUUCAGACUGGUUUCUAUCAGCGCACCUUCUGUGGGAUUGAAUUCAGCUGGGAGUCAUUAGGUGGCGCCUGCAGUUGUUCUGAGUUUUGAGCUCAACUGAGGUAUUUGAAGCCAGGCUAUGGCCUAGGUGUUCUCAUGGUCACUGCUAGGGUAUUUGCUCCAGUGUUUUCUAAAGGGACAGAGGCAGGUCAUACAUGUAGGUCAGAAUGCACAUUUAUACACAAGUCCCUGUUGAAUCUCUGAAAUGCACAUGGGUCACUCCUGUCUUUCUCUUGUCUCCCUGAAGUCCUACCCUGCAAUACAAGUUCAGGCUCUUAGGACCCCUUGCUGUUCACUGUGGGUGGCUGGUCAAUGCCUUCCUCCCCUUCCAGGCCUCCUGGUAACCUUCAGGUGGUCACAAGUAGGUGCUUGCUGAGAAGCUGUCUUUUCCACUUAAAGUGCAGAGGCUCCACUGAGCCAGAUAAAUCCUUGACCAGGAAUCAGGAACAAAGACAUGAAAGACAUGACCUUCUGUAUGAAAAUAAAAUCUGCUUAUGGUAAAUAAACCUUCAAGCCACGUGGGACACUGGCUGAAUGUGGGAGUCCAGCUGAGCUCCCAGACCCUCCUCCAAUCCUGCCCAGCAGUUCCCUCAGCCCUAAGCACCACAGAGGUACACCUUGAGAUGCCAGGAGAAACUCACCACACCUGGAUCCGGGAAAGCCGGACGUGCUCAAAGAGAAGUCCAGCUUGACAGGGUCACGCACGCGUGGCCCUGGAGGCAGGGUGGGGGCAGGGCCGGUCACGUGGCCCCGAAGGGGCACGAUCCAGUACGGAGUCCAAAGGCCAAGGUACUGUUGACUGUUGGGCGCGCGGCCGGGCACGUGAGGGCGUGGCCAGGCACGUGGCGGGUAUACAGCAGGCUGCGCAGGCGCAGUGUCGUGCAAUGCGAGUUUUACAUGGCGGCGCUAUGAGGCGGUUGAGUUGGAGGAUGGUAGUGUCGGGGGUAGUGGGCCUCACGGUGGCCCUCGAGGCACUGCCCUGGCUCCUGAACUGGCUGCAGGUCCGGCGGCGGCGGCGGCCACGCCGUGACGUGCUGUUUUUUCCCUCACAGGUGACCUGCACCGAGGCCCUGCUUCAGGCCCUGGUCAAGGCGCCUGACGGGCCUACUGCGAGUUGCCCCUGCAACCUCCCGCACUGUGAGAGCUCCCUGAGCCGCCUGCUGCGCGCCCUGCUGGCAGCCCAGGACAGCCUGGAGCUCUGCCUCUUUGCCUUCUCCAGCCCGCAGCUGGGGCGCGCCGUGCGACUGCUGCACCAGCGCGGGGUGCGCGUACGCGUGGUCACCGACUGCGACUACAUGGCGCUCAACGGCUCACAGAUAGGCCUGCUGCGCAAGGCAGGUAUUCAGGUUCGGCAUGACCAGGACCUGGGCUACAUGCACCACAAGUUUGCCAUUGUAGACAAGAAGGUGCUCAUCACUGGCUCCCUCAACUGGACCACGCAGGCCAUCCAGAACAACAGAGAAAAUGUGCUGAUCAUGGAGGAUGAGGAGUACGUGCAGCUGUUCCUGGAGGAGUUUGAGCGCAUCUGGGAAGAGUUCAACCCUAGAAAGUACAGCUUCUUCCCACAGAAAAAGCAAGGCCUCUAAAGCCGCCCUUCUCUUCUUCAGAGCCGCAGAAGCACAGCGUGCAGUGAAACCAGACACCCUCAGAGAAUGGGUCUGGAGACUACAUGCUGUCCCUAGGGGCUGCUGAGCUGUGGAGAGGCCAUGAUGCCAUGAAGUCCUGAAGCUGGGUUGCAGAGGAGCACACCUGUAACCUCAGCUACUUGAGAGGCUAAAGCAGGGGACUUUGAGGCCAGUUUGAGGCCAGCCUGGGCAACUUAGCAAGACUCUCAAAAAAGACUGGCAGUAUAGUUCAGUGUAGGGUGCACCGAGCAGUGAUAAGUCUCUGGUUUCCAGCAUGGAAAAAGAAAAUGUAUACUUAGAAGUGACCUCACUUUUAACACCUCGACGUGGUAUACUUCUUUUGGCCAUGUAAUGGAUGAUGAGUUCCCUGAUCACAAGAGGCAAGGUGAGGCAACUCCCUUCCAGCUGUGGCAUCCUUCACAGGUAGUUAGGGGAACAGGUAUCUGCAUGUAUUUAUCUUGCAUGUAUUGUGAAAAGUUUAAAGUUUUGCUUUUUUAUAAUGUGUAUGCUAUGUAACUUAAAUGACUUCUGAAGCUAGUCUUGGUGACUGUUCAAGGUCUUUAAAGUGUUACUGGUGACAGUGUUGGGUGUGAAAACUGAAGUUAAUUUUUAAAAAAAUUACCCAAAAGGGAUUACAAUGUGUUCUUUCCCAAGUUUGAAUUUGCAGUGUGUUCUAGAAUGCAGUGAAGUCACUCAGUGUGGUACAGCAGCGGGACCCUGGGCUUCCAGCAUGUUUGAAUAAAUAUGUUCAUUCUCGAGUGUGAAUGUUAUCUUUUCCUUUGUGUACUAUAUUCAAACAGUGGCUGCUCUUUGUUAAAACUUUGGUGGGGAUAUUUUGCUCUUUAGACACUGAUGGUCACAGUAGGAGCAAUGCAAAAAGUUACUUGGGUUUCUGUUUACUUCCAAAGUAUGUCACUUAGGUCCCUGCUGACUUAAAACAGUGCUUUCAAAAUAUUCCAGCUUCUUUUGAUAAUAGUUGUAGAUCUACAAGGCAGAAGCACAAUUCCCAGCCAUUUCUUCUUUUCCAUUUGCCUGACUUGUGAUGUGCAUGUGUGUGGGGAGACCCUGAGGCUUCACCUAAGUUCCUUUUUCUCUUCCAGGGAGCAAGAUGCAUGAUAAUCUAGUCUAGCUGAGCUAUCUAUAGGAUAUUGGAAGACUUGUGAAAUUAUUUAUUUUGUAUAUUUUUAUAUAAUACAGUUAAUUACUUAUUUUUAUCAUCUUAGCUGCAGAAGAAAGUUGGCCUUCCCAAAAACUUUCAGACACUAACCUUUCUGAAAACAACUUACAGUAAGGUUAAACAUCUCCUGAGGAAACAGAGCACUAAAAUCUUUCUCAGAAGUGGAGGCUGUUCUCUUUACCUACAAGUGUCUCUCAGCUGUGGCACAAAUGUCCACAAGCCUCCGAACAGUGAGGCGGCUUCAGGGGCAAGCCCAGAGCCCAUGUGACUGUGCCACGCUGUCCAGGCUGGCAGGUGAGUGCCAUGGGGACCUUAUGGUGGAGAAAGGCAAUUUAAGUGCUUUUUCUUCAGCUAAGAGCCUUCACACAGUAACUGGUUCACAGCUGUAUGUCAGUGACAGGCAGCAGAGCUGAGGUUGUUAUCUCAGCUGAGCCUUUGUCUGCAAGAUUCAGUUAUUUCCCUGUUAGGUGAACUUUAAAUUCCUCCAGGAGGCUCAUUGGUUCCUUCAGUCUAGAUUUCCCUUCCAAUCCUGGCUGCAGCCUCAUCAGUGUAGUAGUUAAGAGCCAUGACCCAUUUUGAGUUAAUUUUGUGUAUGAUUUAAAGUGGUGACCAAUUUGUUUUUGCAUAUUGCAUGUUGAUAUCCGCUUCUCAUAGCACUGUUUGUUGAAAAGGUUUUCCCCCAGUGGGUUGAGUUUACAUCCUUGUUCAAAAUCAGAGGGCCCAUCUCUAUAGACUUAUCAGUUAUGUGUCUAUCCUAAUGCCAGUACCAUUCUGUCUUCAUUAAUAAAGCUUUGUAGUAAGUUUUGGAACCUGGUAGCAUGUUUCUUUUUUUUUUUUUUUUUUUUUCAAUAAUGAAUGGCAUAUUCUGGGUCUCUGUAGAUGUAGCUGGAGAGUCUUGCCAUUUUAAGCCUUCUAAUCCACUGAACACACGAGAUGUCUUCCCAUGUAUUUAAAUCUUUAAACCUUUGUUUUUUUAUUAGCAUAUGCUUGUGAUAGGUAAUUACAUUAUUUGGGGUAUAUAUAUAAUUAAAAUUAUAUACAUAAUUAAAUUAUUUUUAUUGUUGCUUUCCCUCCCCUGCCCUCCUCUCACAGCUCGUUUUCAGAUACUGUUUUGUGUUAGGUAAACUUGCAAACUUAUUCAAACAAGUUUCAUUGGAUUCCUUAGAAUUUCCCACAUACACAAUUUCAUUUGCAAGUAGUUUUACUAUUUCUUGUUCAGUCUGGAUGCCUUUCAAUAUUAUUCUCUUGCCUAAUAGCUCUGGCUGUACCCCUGUUUCAUGUUGAAUAGAAGAGGAGAGAACCAACAUCCUUACCUUGUUCUGAGUUUUACAGGAAGCUUUCCAUUUUUCAUGAUGGCAUGAGCUAAGGGCUUUCACAGAUUGUUAAAAAAACUAGUUUGCAAGUGCCUGCUGAUUUUAAAUUGCAUUUAGGUUAUCUUAAAGAAAGAAAGAAAGAAAGAAAGAAAGAGGAAGGAAAAAGGAAGAAAGAAAAAGGAAAAAGGAAGGAAGGAAGAAAGAAAAAAAAGAAAAAAGAAGGAAGGAAAGAAGCAUGUGGCCAUUCGGGAGACAGAGGCAAGUGGAUAGCAAUUUUGAGUCCAGGCUGUGCAAUUUAGUGAGAUGCUGUCUGAAAAUUAAAAAGGCUGGGAUAUAGGUCAGUGCUUCCUGGGUUCAAACCCCAUGUAACAUGUGCACUCACACACACAGUGUACAUGCACAAACAAGCAAACAACACAGCACUGUCAGGCCAGUAAAAAAGGUUGUUGGAUUUAUGUGUAUGUGUGUAUUUGACUCUUUUAAAUGGGUAAAACAUUACUGAAAAAUCUCAACUAGAACACACUAAAAAUACUUACCUUUUUAUGUCUGUACUUUCUGGUAAUUUUUACUCCUUAAACUCAACUCUAAUUGGUAGAAACUCUUCUAUAUUUUUUGGACUAAAAUUUGGAUCCUCAAUCAUUUUCACACAUUUUAUUGGUAAAGACUGUGACAAUACUGAAAUUCAGUUUUAAAUUUAUUCAACCAAAAGUUUUUAAAAAUGAAACUGACCAGAAACACCAGAGUAUAUCCAUUGUAAAGGAAGAUUACUUUAAGUUUUGGGUGGUAGUUGUGUAUUUCGGAUCAUGACAUAGAAUGCACCUCUUUUAAAAAGGCACUUUUACUGUAAAUAAACCCAUUAAAUUGUGUGCGGUGGUGCAUGCCCAUCCCUUUACUUGGGAGGCUGAGGCAGGAGGUUCGCUGGGAUGUGGGCAGCCUGGACUAUAGAGUGAGACCUUGUCUCAAAAAAAAAAUUCAUUAAGUGGAGCAGAAAAGUAGCUAUAGUUCCUUCAUUAAUGAAAGCAUAUCAUUAAUAUUUGUUAUUGUUCUGUUAGCACCUUAAGACUUAAGGAAAUGUACCUCAAUUAGAUUCUGGAUGUAAAAUAUUUCUUACUAUUACUUGUGUAUGUAUAAACAUGUAAAAUCUGGAUUUUUAUGGGAAAUUUCCCAAUUUUAAAAUGCUUAAAAUUAGUCGAAAACUUUGAAAACCACUGUUUAAAAAAAAAAAUGAUAAUCAGCCCACUGUCUAUUGCUCAAAAUUGUGACCUGAAUGCAUGAUUUGCACAUACCUCUCCAUGAAUCAACACUUUCUUACACAGCAUGCAAAGGAGGAUGCAAAAAUAGUUUAUUGUGAUGUAGUUCAUGUGAAGUUAAGUAAUAUUUACAAAAUAAAAAUGGCUAGCUACAUCCAUGGGCAUCUAGCAUGUCACACGAAUAAAUAUUUUGACAAAGUUAA